AUGAAUCAUCCCCAAUACCAUCCUGCUAUCUCUGGGGCAGAAAUUUUCUGGGCCGAGCAGCAACCAUUUCUUGCGAAGAAGGGAUAUCAUCUUCGACCGCGAUUCAGCGCGCACUGGCGCCGCAAAAUUCGCAUCUUGCCAACAGAAAGAGAAGACGAUAUUCCAAGCUACCAGGGCUUUGUUCUCGACGCCACUCGUAUUCGCGACAAGAAGAAAGUUGUUCUUAAACGCGUUGAAACUGGUGAUGAGGAAUUGGUGCUGCACAGUUAUCUCGACUCUCCUGCGCUGCGUUCGGACCCUAGAAAUCGCACAAUACCGAUACUAGAGGUGUUCCGUCUCCCUGAAACUCAAUGGAGCAUUCUCGUCACCCCAUACUGUCGAGAAUUCGACUAUCCACCUUUCCAUUGUCGCCAGGAGUUCAUAGAUGCCAUGUCCCAAUAUCUUGAGGGCUUGGAGUUUAUGCACGAGCAUAAUAUUGCACAUAUCGAUAUCGCGCCACAAAAUAUGCUGAUGGACGAAUCUCAAGUGGUCCCGAAGGGGUCGCACUUUAGUAGACCCAGAACCCAAGACGGCAUAUCUGAACUAUUUUGCUGGAAUGACCGUUGUUCUGUGGGUCACGUCGACUACUUCUACAUUGACUUCGGAUUGUCGGAAUACUUUCCAGAAGGAACUACUGAUGCAAGGAGGAUAGGCCGUCUCAGAACAUUUCCUGAAAUACCUGAACUUUCUUGGGAAGUACCGUAUAAUCCCUUCUUGGUCGACGUCUUCCAACUCGGUCUCACGAUGCACAAGCUAAUAUAUGGUUAUCCUUCGCUGGAAAUCUUCCGGCCAGUUGCCGAUGCGAUGACCGCCCGCAAUCCCAGCGAGCGAGCCAAACCUGGACAAUCACUUGCCCAUCUUCGGGCCAUCGCUGCCACGAUACCCCCUCAAGAACUUUCUUCUCAAAUUUGGGACCUGGCUGCGACGGAAAAGCACAAACGCGAACGUGCUACCCUAGGAGGCUACCGGCAGGAUUAUCGAUACAUACGGGAUGAGGUUCUCUACGAUAUUGCUGUCACUCGCCCCCCAAAAACCGCCUACAUGAGGCCCAAGGCAACGGGAUCUUCCGUUAACGGUUUGAAUUGA